CCCCCCCCCCAGGGCUUCUUCCCACCCAGGGAAGCACGAGCCCGUUGUGAGGUUGGGGCGGGGUAAUAGAAAGGGAGCAAGGAGUCAUUUUCAGCCCACAACACCUCUCCACCUCUUCCCAACUUCCCACCCCCACCCCCGGGCUCUGCGGGAUUGAGGGAGAACCAGCGAGCAGCAGAGAAGAGAAAGGGUGGAAAGGGAGGGGAAGAGAAGGCAUCAGGGCUUCCACUCUCUCCGCAGGACCCCCACCCUGGCCUCUGGUGCGGGAAAGCCGCCCAGCUGUUUCUGAUUCUUUCCUAGUCGCAGCUCCGCCCGAGGGGGUGGGGGACGGAGAUACCGGGGGAGACCGAGCUCGGCCGAGCCCCAGUCGGCCGUCAGGGUGACCGCAGCAUCCCGCCGGCAGGUGUGUCUCUUGGGCAGCUUCACGACCCUGAACUGGAGAAAGCACCUAGGAUUGAUAGGAGCUGGGUCUCAACUAUGUACGGGACGAAAGAAUAGUGUCGGUGUAGUGGGUAGGAGAAGCGGGGGGCGAUGAGCCCUUGAUGAGCGAGUCCCCCGCCCGAAGCCGACUGCCCACGGCGCCCGAAGGCAGAAGGCAGAAGGCAGAGUGGCCAAGGGAGUCCCGCUGUCUGGCAACUCUGGCUGGCCGGUUGUCUAUCCGUUUCCCAGAAGCGCAAGGAUAGGAAAACCUGAGGAAAGCGCAUCUUCUGCGCUUAGCUGAGGUUUCACCAUAGUUUAGGGGGCGAGGAGUGUCCGCGACCCUCCCCCCACCCCACGCACUGGGUGAGCCUGGCCAUCAAACCCAGCGGUCCGCGCUGCUGAGUGAAGGGCGCUAGGACCCGGAGGCGUGGCGUGGCGUCGGUAGGGACAGGGGGCUGCAAGCGGAGAAGAGCCCCGUCGCGGGUGGCCGGAGCAGGUGAGGGCGCGGCACGGUGGCGCUCGGUAAAGCCGAGGGGGAGUAGGCAGCCGCCACACCUAGGGCGCCGCGGAGCACCCGGGCUGGCGCGGGCGGAGCCGAGCUGAAGGCCGCGCGUGUCCCCGGCCCCGCCCCGCCCCGUCCAAUGAGAGCUGCGGCCGCAGGGGCUGUCCGCGCGCUCUGGCCCCCGCCGCACUCCGCGCUCCGGAGCCACUGCCACCGCACCCGAGCCGCCCACACCCGGCUCAGCUCUCGUCGGUCUCCCACCCUGCAGCUCGGGAGCUCUUGGGAACUCUGUGCCCCGUUCCCGGACUCCGCGGUCCCCGGUUGUCCAUAGUCCCCAUGGCCACCCUGAGGGGCGAGCUAGGAGACGCCUGAGGAAGCCCAGACGGUACCCGUCCACGGCCCUGCGGGCUGCACGGCGGGAGUCUGCACGGAGCUAUGCUGAGGCCGCGGGGUGCGGAGGAAGCCGCGCAGCUCGCCCCUCGGCGUGCCCGCGUCCUGGUCCCCGCAUCCAGACCCGCGGCCCCCGACGUGUCUCCGGCUUCCACCCGCCUGGGUCUUGCCUGCCUGCUACUGCUGCUGCUGCUGACUCUGCCGGCCCGUGUAGACACAUCCUGGUGGCCUUGGUCUUCAGACACCUCCAAAAGGCAGAUGGGGCAAAAGGUGUCCAGGAUCCACAGGUGGCAGCUGAUUGCUACAGCUCCCACCUGUUCCCAACAGGAAAGCAUGGAAUUCCAUUUCAAGUGUCGGUACAAGAGAAUAGAACAGAACAAGCCGGGCAAUGGUAGCCGGGAGGCCGCGUUUGUUUAUGCAAUCUCGUCAGCAGGAGUGGUUCACGCCAUCACUCGGGCCUGUAGCCAGGGUGAAUUGAGUGUGUGCAGCUGUGACCCCUACACCCGCGGUCGGCACCAUGACCAGCGAGGGGACUUUGAUUGGGGUGGCUGUAGUGACAACAUCCACUAUGGUGUCCGCUUUGCCAAGGCUUUUGUGGAUGCCAAAGAGAAGAGGCUUAAGGAUGCCCGGGCCCUCAUGAACCUGCAUAACAACCGCUGCGGUCGCACGGCUGUGCGGCGCUUUCUGAAGCUGGAAUGUAAGUGUCACGGUGUGAGUGGCUCCUGCACGCUACGCACCUGCUGGAGGGCACUCUCAGACUUCCGUCGCACUGGUGACUACCUGAGGCGGAGGUAUGAUGGGGCCGUGCAGGUGACCGCCACCCAGGACGGCGCCAAUUUCACAGCGGCCCGCCAAGGCUACCGCCAUGCCACCCGGACUGAUCUGGUCUACUUUGACAACUCCCCUGACUACUGUGUCCUGGACAAGGCUGCAGGUUCCCUAGGUACCGCAGGCCGCGUCUGCAGCAAGACCUCUAAAGGAACAGAUGGUUGCGAAAUCAUGUGUUGUGGCCGAGGGUACGACACAACUCGGGUCACCCGCGUCACCCAGUGCGAGUGCAAAUUCCACUGGUGUUGUGCUGUGCGGUGCAAAGAGUGCAGGAACACUGUGGACGUCCACACUUGCAAGGCUCCUAAGAAGGCAGAGUGGCUGGACCAGACCUGAACGCACAGAUACCUCUUUCAUCCCUCCACUUCAAGCCUCCAACUCAAAAGCACAAGAUCUUUGCAUGCACACCUUCCUCCACCCUCAAUCCUGGGCUGCUACAGCUUCUGUUAUGGACUUGGAGAGUGAUCCAGGAGGACCCCAAUGUCCUGGCUGGUUCCUUAGCCCUAGGAAGGAGUUGAUAGGGGAUGGGGAUGGGGAUGGGAGUGAGUGGCUCCCUGCUAUCCCACUGGAGGUUUGAAGGGAGAGUAGAAGAGGUAGGAGUUCUCUUCAGAGUGAUCUGAGUUGCACUAAACUCAAGGCUCAUUGUCCCCUUUGCUUGCACUGACUUCUGAUACUCUUUGGGUAUGCAACAGGAAGGGAAUCUGGAGGUAGCUUCCUUUUUGAUCCUACUGUAGCCAAGGACAUAGGACAGAGAUAAACUGCCUGUCCCUUCACAGGAGACAGUUUGUGCAGACAAUCUUAGGCUACAGUAUUCUGCUGAGACCCCGAGGUAGCUAGAUGUGUCAGCCACGGUGAACAAGGCUUCAUCCCAUGCUCUUACACAGCUUAUAAACCAGUGGUUUUGUGAGGGGAGAAAUCACACAACUGUACAAAUGCACAUUCUCUGUGUCUCCUUUUUCACCUACAUCAGUCAGCAGCAGCCUGCUCACUGGCUGCUUGUUAGAGUGAGGUAGCUUGCAGUGGUUCAAAGUCUUAAUAGACCGUUAGAGCCCUGGAACAGAACUGUGAGAGAAUAGUAUAUUAAGCCUGGCUAGGCCUUGGGACUUCCUCCCCCAUCAGUUAUUCUGGACAUUAGGUAGGUUUGGAAAAGACUAAGUGAAGGGCAGGCAACUCAUGGGCUAAACCUGAUCUCAAGAGCUGCAUGAGGAUCAGUGUAGACCAGGAAGCUGGCGAGAUCUCCUCUCGGCAGCUCUUUAGGAGAGGACCUUCAGCAUUGACGCGGGAGCAAAAGCCUGUCGCUAUGUAGAGAACGAGUUGGUUCCAAAGUGGUAGACACCUUAGAAGACAGUAGCCUUCCCCCAUUUACUCAGCAAAUCUUUAUUUUGUGAUUCUCCAAGUCCUACUGAUAACUACUGCCCAUCCAUGAUGGACUUAAACAGGGAGGGUUCCCUCUAUGCUACUAGCCUAACUAGGGUUCGCAGUAGUGGAGUCUUCAAAGGCAGCAGGCAUGGAAAGCUAGAAGGUAGGAUAUGGGCUUUGAACUCUUGAUGGCCUAGUUUUGUAUGAGUACACAGUGAUCAUCUUGCCUACUGAUAAACAGCAGUAUUACAGAACUCCGCAGUCUGACGGGCCGAGGUUCGCUGCCAGCCAUUUACGCACUCACUGUGUUUACUUUCAGCAGACUCUUUCAAUCCUCCGGGCCCGUUUUUUCAGCUGUAAAAUGAGGGUACAUGCCUCGCUCAGAUACUGAGAUAUACAUCAUCAAACCUCUGACUGAUCAAGUACAUCCUAACUUCUCUAGGAACUUCUAAUUUAGGAUUGUCUGGUCUUGAUAACAGACUGGAGAUUAAGGAGCUUUCGCAAGGAAUUCUGGAUAUAGGGCCUUGAGCUCUUUCCCUCUGGUCCCUCUUUAUCCAAUCGGGUUCUCAGAUGUUUGUGGAGCAACUUCAUUCUGCCCAGGCAGCAGGAGGUUGUGGGGGGCGGGGAGGGGGUGGCUCUGGCCACGGAGGCAGAUUUAUUUGGAUGAUAGGACUAAUAUUUGUGUAACCUGCUGAGACCUGUGUGGGAGAGUUUAGGGUGGUUUUUCUUUUGGUGAGGGGAUUUGCUCCGGUUUCACAUCCAUUAACACAAAACAUGAGCUAGUCAGGGCUCUUGUGGUCUGUGGUGAGGGGAUGACUGUGGAGAAAUGGGACCGAAUGAGUCAGGCAGAGAGAAUGUCUUCCUUGCAGAGUAGAGUCAACUGGAUAACUGAUGAGCUGGUGGUGGGAUUAGGGAGGGGGAAUGGGAGGGGAAGAGGAUCUUCUCUUAAAAGGGGGGAAGCUUUGGGAGCAGGGGUGAAGACAUCCAAAUUACUACAUCAGUGAUGGCACAGGCCUUCUACAGGAACCCAGCCUAAGUUCAAUCUACCUGUGCUGUAUCACCUACCCUUUGAUUCGGGGUUCUUAGUUUAUGGAAAGAAGUGGUAGUCCUCUGUGACAGUUCAUAUUACUCCAUGUUUCUCCUUGCACUCCAAAUUCUAGCUGAUAAAGAUGCACAACCACUUAUAAAUGGCUGAGAGAGAGGUGGCUGUUCAGGGAGUGAGAAGUUUGUAAAGUGAGGUGUUUAUAUGAGAGAAAAGAUGUCUAUCCGAGCCCUGCUACAGAAGCUGUGUGGCCCCAAGAGGGAAUGAUGGCCAAGCAAUUAAUUUUUCCUUAGAACUUAGCUUGUCUCUGCAUUCCAAUUGGCUUUAGACAACUGGCGUUGAUUCUACACUAUACAAACAGAAACUGAUUUAUUUGGAACAAGCAAAAAAACAAGAACUUUUCUUGGUGCUGGGGCUCCACAUAGCUCUGUUCCACCCUCAUCCAUUCUGAAGGCCCCUCUCCCACCUAUUCCCCAUGGGAGAAGUGUGUCCUCUACCAGCAGGGUCUCCAUAGGAGAAGUGUGUCCUCCACCAGCAGGGUCUCCAUAGGAGAAGUGUGUCCUCCACCAGCAGGGUCUCCAUGGGAGAAGUGUGUCCUCCACCAGCAGGGUCUUAACCUCUCCCCCUUUCUCUUUCCCUCUUGUUGGUCCUCAUUUCUUUUAUCUUUUGGUAAACAUUUAGUACAGUGCACAUUUCAGUAAGUGCUAUUUGGAUAUAAAGUGAACUUAAAAGAUACUGUUGAUCUUUGGGGGAAGGCACGUGACUGAAGAACCUCGGCUGCACAGCCUGCAGCCAGUUUCUUUUCAAUAGAAGAGCUGGGGUGAUAGCUCACACUUGUAAUCCUGACACUCUGGGAGGCUGAUGCAGGAAAACUGCUGUGUUUGUGAUCAGGCUGUGCUACACAGUGAGCUCCAUGCUAGCCUAAGAACGAAAUCAAACAAACAAACAAAACCCGGAAAGUAAGAAUGCCCGCCACAGCCCCCGAUGAAGUACUGCCAAAUCAUACUGAUUUCAGCUCUAAAACAUAGCAUUCCUUCACACUCUCAAAUAGAGUAAAUGUAAAUGUGAAUCAGGGACUUGGGAUUAGAAGAAAACACUAUCCUGAGGGUCUGUUUGCUACAAGCUUUGUAGAUCUAAUUUUCGAACACUCUCAGCCUUGUUUCUCUUCCUCUUUGCUGCAGGAGACUAUUCUUCCCCUUUCUCUCACAUCCCUUAUCAAGAACGCCAACCACCAAGCCCCUUGCCAAAUUCUUAGACCCCACUCAGGACAUAAGUUUCUGCAUGGCUUAAUAGAAGACAGAUAAUCAGGAUUUCCCACCCCCACCCCCCGCCUUUCUAAACUUUUUAUUUAAAUGCUCUCAGUGGUCAUAGGGCAGAAGCCCAAGCUAGCUGGGGAUAAGGGAGGCCGCCAGGGAGAGUGUGUUUCUCCUCCCUGGGAGGCAUUCAGCCUCGCUCCUGCAGCCAAAUUACAGCAGCAGAGAACAAUGCAGUGCAUUCCUGGGCAGGUCGGUGGGCCCUGGGCGCCUGGGUCUGGUGGAGAGAGGUGCCAGACACAGAGCGCUCCGCUCCGUAAGCAACCCUGCAGAGCUGGCCCUGGGUGCAGAAAUGAAAUACAGAGAGCCUCACAUUACACACCUGGUUAUUGAUGGCCUUGCUGGAGGCCUCUGCCCCCACCUUCCGCUUGGGAACUGCCUGUACUGCGGGGGUUGGGCAUCUUUGAAGCAAUGCUGGAAAAUAAGAAAGACGCAUUUCCUUUUUACUCUUUGCCCUUCCUGUCAGCCUGAGCGCAACCAUGAGGACACACACAUAUAUGCGCACAUGCAGAAGGUGCACGCAAAAUGAGCUCACACAGCUUUUCUCAGCCUGUGUGGGAAUUAUCAUAGUCUCACUUCCAACAAUUAAAAACCAACAUCUAGAUCCUCCCCCCCCCCCCAAAUCAUACCAACAACAGGGUCAGCUACAAGCGAGGAAUGUUUCAAAACUACAUUAUCAACAUGCAAUGCAAUGUUUGUUUUGGGAAUUGGUACUCUCCCGGGAGGUGGUGGAGGAAGGACACGGAAAGGGCGCGGAGAAGAGAGAUCAAGGGUGGAGAAUCACCACCCAAGCAGAGUGGCUGAGUCUGUGCAACUUCUCAAACCUGGUUUGCACGGGGGACGGGGAGGAGUGCAUCCUCCGUGUCCUGACUACCCAGUCGCCUGUGACCGCUCUGAAGUCACACAUAGACACUGAGCUUGGUGUUUAUGAUCCGUUGUUGUUUUAAACUUACUGGGCUAGAGAACAGGAUACCUUUGGUUCCAGGAAUGUCCUCUGUAAGAGAGGCAGGUGUCUGAAGAGCAGGAGCAGUGGGUUUACUGGAGUAAAGAUGUCACUGUUGCAGACUGAACUAAGCUUUCUCAGAGUUAGCUUUCUUUUUGGAUGAUUGACAGUUUUCACAGGUAGUAGACCUGAACUUAACCCCAAAGUUGAAAGGGAUAGAGGGGUCUGAAAACUACUUUCCCCACUUGCAUGCAUAGCUGGAUUACCUCUGAGCAUCACUGUGGCUGUUUACAUAGGCUGCUGUGGUCAUCCAGGAUUUAAAAAUGCAAGAUGGACAUUUCUCUGCUUUGCUCCCUGACGCUGAAGUACCUUUUCUUUGUUCACUUAGAGAAUCAGGACACAGGAGUUUUUUAACCAAAGAAGGCCAAAAAUCCGAUAACAUUUUGUCAAUACUACUGUCCUGUAAGCAGCCUUUGACAAAUUCCAAGGUGGGGCUUCCCCAAGAAUAACAAUAAUGCUCACAAAAGCCUUUUGUGCACAAAAUGCCCGGGCAUGUAGGUAUAGGUCUCACAAUCACUCCAGGGGUUGCGAGGUGGGGAUUGCUCUAUUUUAUGUUGUCAUUCAGAGAGGUUCAAUGAAUGAUCCAGCCAGAACACAAACCUUGCUUAUUUAUUUAUUUUUUCUUCUUGAGUCAGGGUCUCUCUCUGUAGUCCUGGCUAUUCUGGAAUGGUUUGUAGACCAGGCUGGCCUUGAACUUACAGAGAUCCACCCCCCCCCCCCAAAUGCUAGGAUUAAAGGCGUGCACCACUACAACUAGUUUUUGUUUGCUUGCUUGUUUGUUUUUAGCUUCAAAUACUACGUACUCUCCUCAAAGCCCGAGGAUGCUGGGACUGGGGGUGUCAGCUUACCAACACUUCAGAACAGAAAUUGAUGUUAACAGCCCCAACCCACACAAGAAUCCUAUACUGCCAGCAGAGUAUCUGAGCAGACCUUAUAAAGGCUAGGACUACAUUUCCCUAACCUGUAGACAUCAUCCAUUCCCACUGUCACUGUCACUAUCCAGAGUCACUCUACAAAGAACCCUGUAUCUCAACAGCUUUUGCUUGUCAUUCUCUGAGGCCCCACUCCUCCAUCCCUCAGAUUAACAUUAAAAUUGUUCUUUUAUUUCUCUAAAUUUUUUCUUUUACAGUGGUGCUCAAUGCAUAGGCAGAGUCGGAGUAGUCAUGGGAAGAAAUGAGUAGACGCUGGGCUUGUAUUGGAAUUGCCUUUGAGACUUCAUUAUUUUUAAGAAUCACUACCACCCAGCAGUGGUGGUACACGCCUUUAACCCCAGCACUCAGGAGGCAGAGGCAGGCGGAUCUCUGUGAGUUCGAGGCCAGCCUGGUCUACAAAGGGAGUUCCAGGACAGUCAUGGUGGUUAUACAGAGAAGCCCUGUCUCGAGAAACAAUCAAACAAACAAAAAAGAACCACAACUAACUAUGUGGUGGAAAAGCUAAAAUAUUAUCCCAUCCAAGCCCCCCUAAGAAACAGUAUAAACCCCUGGACCACUCACUGAGACAGGCAUUUCAUCUACCAGUACCAGCUGUGUCUAACUUUGACAAUAUAAUACAAAGUCUUCACUUGAGAACUGUGCAGUUAAAGUUUUUUUUUUUUAAAUCACAAAACCUCUCAUGUUUUAAGUAAGCUUAUCAUUUUGAGUUGGGCUGCAUUUAGUUAUUGUUUGCUAUGUGCAGAUACAUGUGGCUUCUGGGCUGUUGUCUGGAUACACCUAAGACAAAGGAUAUCUAUGAUGCAGAGAAAAAUCUCUAAGAUGAGGCAGUCAGCAAAUUUCAUUUGACCAAAAGCGUGCUUUCCUCGGUUCCUCCUUCCACCCUUAUUCAAAAUUUAAUUGAAGACAGGAGAAGAGGUAGCUAGCUCAGCUGGCCCCUAUUGGUCCCACAUUGGCAUACACUUGGUUAGAGAUAGAUAGGGUAAGCCCUCCAAUACCCUAUGUAUCCCACUGGUAUACCCCAACUGGGAAGUCAGAAACGAGGCUGCAGAAACACAGUGUUCAUCAAUCAUGGGCUGGGACAUUACAGCUCUCUGACCUGGGCCCCUGCUUGAGCUGGGGAAAGAACACCUACCUAUAGUUAGGAUUCCUUCUGCAGCAAACCUUGGUUUUUGGUCCAUCCAUCUUGGCUCUCACUGCUCUCCUAUUUUCCACCCCCCCAGCUGCCUCCACAUGUGGGCUCAGAAGUCAUCAUCUGAAGAAUUCCACUGCUCACCUCCUGCAUAGCAGCACAGCCCCGUGAGGCCGCACACCAGAUGGAGGGGAUAAAAGUACGAGGUCAUGGCUUCUACAGAGGUUUUUCUUAAACUAACCCUGACUCCUGGGAAGGAGUCAGAGCAGGGGUAUGUCUGCUGAGCUGCUGACAACAGCAGCUUCAUAGAUCUUGUGUAAAAAGGAAGGAAAAUUCUAAGUUGGCCUUCAGUGGAACCUUCCCGACUUCUGUCUUUGGGUCUACUCCUGGUCUCGUGUGUGUAGUGCGACGGUGUCUGAGAAAAAUGCAAAAAUGGACAAAUCUAAGGGCUAAUAUUUCCUGAUCAUAGGACCCACGUGCUGACAUGGAGGCCGAGCCCUCAACAGAUACCUUGCUUCUCUAGGAUACAUCUCUAAAGUAAAAGGAAAGGGAAUGGAUGUGCACUAGGACAUUGAAAGGCCCACCACCUGUGGGCCUUCAGAGGUUUGCAUAGAGUAAAAAAGGCAAAGGGGUUAGAGAAUGAUCAUCAUUGUUAGCAUCAGGUUGUUGGGUGACAAUAUGCAGAAACAGUUACAAAGAGACAAACAGUUAGUUAAGAGACCGGGAAACAAGUCUUAGAUGAAAGAAAACGUGAAUGAAUGAAAUUCAUUAGAGAUGGUUUUCCAAAGGGCUGGAAUGUUAUAAGAUAAAGCAUGAACAAUGGAAGGCAGAGGAAGGCAUUCUAUAUUGAAGGGACUGGUGCAUGCUGAAGCUUACAAGCAAGAAUGUACGAGCAAUAUAUGAGGAAUUUCAAGCAAGUAUAUACUAUAUACAUUGGGGAUUACAGAGAAAUCAGAAUGCUGAGACCAGAGCUUUAUUACGAUGUGAUUGUGUCAAAAGGUUCAGUGUCUCAUAAGAGCUGCACGGCAGCUAUGGCAGUGAACUAGGGGCAUCUCUGGCAGAGCACUGGGAUGAGUUCAUUUGAUACAAGGACUCAAAGAGAUGGGUGUUUGUGAAAGCCACCAAAAAGCUAUGCAUUAACUACAGAUCCCUAUCAUUUGAAAUUCUGGGUUAAUUAAGUGAUAUUAAACACCCAGUGCUAUGAUACAUUAAUGUAGUAUUAGGCCCCAAACCUGACAUCAAUCAAGUCAAAUGCAUAAGAAAUGAGAAUGGGAAAAGGAAAUAAUUUACAUAGAAAAUACAUUUCUUCCCCUCACUCUGAGCCUUAAAACUUGACUCCCAUAUUUCAUUCGGUAUACUGGAUUUUUGUGGCCACAGAUUUAUCAUAUGUGAGGGCACAGUGGACAGAGGGAAACUUCUAAAGAAUUGAGAGACCACAAAUCAUGUUAACUGAUAAAUGAGAAGAUAGUUCUAACUACAGGGCACUGGACCAACAGCUAAAGGCGGACAGUUCUGAGCCCAUGCGGAUCUUGCAGUUGGUUAGGUAAAAACGGCCUUUAGCAGGCUUCUGUCGUACUGGACCUACAAGGACAAAGAGCACAAAGGCACUCCUGCUCCUCUAUCUGCUUUCCUGAUGCCACUUUCAGAGCCAGCAUAAACACUGGUUGUGCACUGGACCCAGUGUGAUGCUGAGUACUUGUAUUUUAAUGCUCCUUGAAUAAGCCCAAAGGUAAGCAGUAUCUCAGCUUUCUGCUUCACCUCGCUGGUGUGAGUGGGUGCUGGAAGGGAGGCUGCGACUCUGCAGGUACAGCGUUGGUUAGUGUCAUCUCAGCUGUUAUCCCUCCUCUCCUAGGCAGUUUAUUAAAGGUGAUUUCUGAAAGCCUUCACAAAAGGAAAGCUCAGGGGUUUACAUUCACUUGUGACACCACCAUGAAUUCCUGAAGCAGCAUGUUUCAGGUUGCACUAUAAUUUCUCCAUGUAAUGUAAACUCAUGGAAUCUGACAUAAGCUGAUUGCUCGUGCUGGUUAUUUUAUUUACAUUUCUGAAUGGAGGGGAUCACAAUACUCAUAAAAUAUCUAACUGUCUUAUUUUUCAUCUCUUCUCCCAGGACAGCUAUUAUAAAAUAGGCCUAGCGACAGAAGCCUCAGCUUGCAUGACUGGUUAAGCAACAUGGGAAAAGUUAUUGCUCAAAAAGCAAUUUUAAAAAAUUCAAUAUGGAAUUUGAGGCUGAAACAGAGAUAUGGUUACUCUUAAUGCCAUCCAGAAGAUAAAAGUUCAGGGAAAAGGCUAAAUAACCAUGUUCCUUAUCUUUGUUCCAAUGCUGUGAGAGUGGGGAGUAGCUUCACAGAGUUCAAAGGGCUGGAAUUGUCAUCCUAGAGACCAAAUGCUAGCAGACAGUCAGUAGUGUCAUAGGAAUACAGGUGAAUGAUGGUUGGGAAUGGGCUCCCUACCACACAGCCAGAUGGGCGUGCUUUCUUCCCACCCUGUCGCCAAUUAGACUCUGCAUUAAAAGCUGCCGUUAUACAUUGAA